CACCGGCGGUGGCACAAACCCAAAACAGCGCCGCAGAAGCCGGAGAGCACUAAAACCCCCGCGCCCGAGAAAGAGGAGACCUCCAGCGACAGAGACACUCCGAGUCCUGGACUCUCCGAAUCCGGGUCCGAAGACGGGCUUUACGACUGCCAGCACUGCGGGAAGAGGUUCAAGCGUCAGGCGUACCUGAAGAAGCACGUGAUGGCGCACCACGACGCGUGCGACAAAUCCCAAAGCCAGGCGCCGCUGAACCUGAGCGCGUCUGAGUGCCACCUGUGCCCGGUGUGCGGAGAAAACUUCCCCAGCAGAGUGAGCCAGGAGCGGCACAUCCGUCUGCAGCACUCGGCGC